UCGAACGUUUGAAAUGUGCGUUCGUUCGUUUCUACGAAACAUUACUCCAAAAAGCAGCCAAAACUCUAAAUCAGGAAUCAAUUAGAGUUUGCUACCAUUUUAUUUCCGCUUGGCGUACGACACUCCUUGCUUUCCUCGUUCAAAAACCGCAUGUUUUGUGAAGUGGAAAUGAAAACAAAUGAUUAACAUUUUGACAGCUUACCCAACUGUUUCCACGUUUCACAGCGCUCAUCCAGGCAAAAAAGCGGAGGUGUUUUGGUUAAAAGUUUACCGAUACCGGUUUUACUGAUUUCGGACAGUGCACCGAAUGUUUGGUAUCACCUUCGGCGCAGUAGUGAAACGAAUAAUCGCAGUGCCACGUUUAAUGAAGAUGAGUGAUUUACAGCACAUUCUGUCCAACAACAAGGCAGCAGAGGAGUUGCUCGAGUCGCUGAAGCAGGAGUUGAAAACAAUUAAAAAUGAACAAGUGCAGCGCAAGAUUGCUGUUCUGCAGGCGGAAAAUGAAACCCUCCGCCGUCAGGUGGAUGCUUGCUUGAAGAGAUUGGUUUCGUUGGAGGUAGCGCACGGCAAAGUACAGAUUCCGGUACCGACGCCGGAAGAGGUACGGGCUGGCAGUGGUCCAGUGAUGGUUAAAAUGGAACCCGUUGCUCAACCACCGGUGGUGAAGGAAACUCCCAAGGAAGUACCGGCACAAGCACAGCAGCAGAACGAGAGUAAACCACCGAAGGAAAAGAAACCCAAGAAGGAAAAACCAGCCGGCGAAGCUAAACAGGUUGGAACACCAGCCACGGAAGAACCGCCAAUCGAUGUAGGACGGUUGGAUAUGCGUGUCGGACGAAUCGUGGAGGUUGCACGCCAUCCCGAUGCGGACAGUUUGUACGUGGAGAAGAUCGAUUGUGGCGAACCGAAUGGUCCGCGUACCGUCAUUUCCGGCCUAGUGAAGUACGUUCCGAUAGAGCAGAUGCAAAAUCGCAUGGUAGUUGCGUUGUGCAAUCUUAAACCGGCCAAAAUGCGUGGCAUUCUAUCGGAAGCGAUGGUGAUGUGUGCUUCGUCACCGGAUGGGGUAGAAAUUCUAGCCCCACCGGAGGGUUCUGUACCGGGAGAUUUGGUACACGUGGAGGGGUACCCACGCGUACCGGAUGUGGUGAUGAAUCCUAAGAAGAAAAUCUUCGAAACCGUUGCACCGGAUUUGAAAACGAACGGUGAGCUUGUGGCAUGCUACAAGGAAGGAUCGUUCGUUGUCCCCGGCAAAGGAACGGUGAAAGCACAAACGCUGAAAAACGUACAAGUAAAGUAAUUUGUUGCCGCCCAGAGUUGCGAUGAGAAUCACUCAUUAUUUCAUUAAUAAAAAGUUUGUUAGAACCUUU